AUGAAAAGACUUGCUGGUGGCACAAGUCGAAAAGGAAGCCAAAAGAGCACGAGUAAAAAAAGCAGCAUUAAGUCAAUCACUCAAAAUGGAAGCCAGAAAGGCAGCGUGAAAGCCUCGCUAAGUGCAAAACUUGAAUACAAAAGGAGCAAUCGAAGUGAACUCAAGAAAGGUCUCAGCCCUCCGAAAGCUUUUGAUCUGAUCAAGAUUAACGAGGCUCCACAAGAAGUAAAGCCGACAUCAUUGAGCGCAUCUUUGUUACCAGCUGAUGAAUUUGAUAAAACACAGUGGGAGAACACAAAAUGGAAAGACUCACAUCAACGUGCUAUCGACCAAGAAGAAAGCAAAAGCUUGCAGGGCCCCGCGGAAGCAGUGACAGCUGGUGCGGUGCCAGGGGAGAAACAUCAACGUGAACGUGUGCGAGGACAGUACUUACGAGUUAUUGCAUGGGUUUCCAUAAUUCUGCUCAUUGCUGAACUGUGCUUACUACUUUUGUGGGCAGCAAUCUCCUAUGGACUUGUCUACACUUGCCCCGAUCCUCAUGGACUCGUGCUUAAUUCGUGCAAUAUUGUCCUGAUGCUGGUGUCGAUUGGAUUCCUUCUUAUCACAAUUAUUGCUCGAUGUCACGUGAGACGAAGAACGCAUGGAGAACAAAAGGUUUACUACAUCUCUUACUGGUGGAAAAUCGUUUUUUUCUCUUUUCAAUGGCUUCGCGUUUGUUUGGGUUUUCUGAUCGUCAUGCAGCAUGGACUUCAAUGGCAUCUCAUUCCUAAACCUAAUCCUGUUGUAUUUAUCCGGUUAGGACUUGUCAUUCUUCUCGUAUGUUUGCAGUUGAUCCUGUCAAUUGUGUUGACCGUGUGCACUUCAUGCUGCCGCUUUACGAUCAUCAAGCCCCACGACGAA